AUGUGCAGCCAAGACAGCGAGAGCCUCCAGCGUCCUGCUCUGCAGGAGAAUGCAUUCCAGCCCCUGCUGACUCCAGGCGGCCCGUUGGCCCUCAGCCCCCCUCGCACUCUCAGAUCUUCCCAAAAAUGGGGAUCUCUGUCUGCUUCACGCAUCCUGGGUUUGUCCCCAAAUGGUUCCCGCCUGCGAGGCAAGUCCCUGGUGCUGUCACCCAUGUGCUCCCGGGCAGCUCCAGCCUCUCAAGGCCACCCACCACAGACAGGUGUGGAAGGUGCGCAGCCGAGAGAGCAGUUGCAGGACUCCAGUUCGCAUGACUUUGUGCCGCCAGCAGGGGCAGCGCCACCGGGCCGCAUGUGCCACAGUCAGCCCUGCCCGCUCAGCAGGCCCUGGCCAGAUGACAGCGGGAGGGCAGAGAACCCCAGCACGCCAGCCAGAAGAACAGAGACCCCUGAUCUGGGCAGCCCUGGGAAGGACAGGGCGGUGCUUGUCGAGCUGGAUGCAAGCGGUGCCGGGGCAGGGACAGCGAUGGGUGAAUGUGAUGGGAGGCAUGCGGAUGUCAGGCCUGCGAAGGACCAGCCAGGAGGCUCAGAGCUGCCCUCUUCUGCUGAGCCAGGUCUUCAGUCGAGGGAGCAGGCAGAUGAUCAUAUACUGGCACCGGCGAGGCACCACAGCAAUGCUGCAGCAGCAGAUGCAGCCCUUGCAGCUCCAGGGACAGGAGAUAUGGGAGCUGCAGGCAGCAUGGGCCCAUCCCAGAUGGGAGGCACCCUUGACAGUGGCUACAGCUUGCAGCUGAACCUGUCUUUGGGCAGCCAGGACGAUCGCAUCCUUCCCACUGAGGUGGAGCCAAGGAGCACAGAGGUGACUGCCAGGCAGGUGCUGGCCACGGAGAUGCAGCUCACUGGUGGCUUCUUUUCUGAAACCCAGGUGGAAGCUGCGCUCCCGGCAGGAGACAUAUGCGUGCCCUUGCCGGCAGAGCUAGCCGCCAACCCCGGCACUUCAGCGGAACAUCCCGCCUUCUGUCCAGAGACUCAGAUCCUGGAUUGCUCCACCCCUCCGCCAGCUCCUCUCAGUGCGUCUACUCCGGCAGCCCAGCUGGUAGCUCCACCCACUCAGCAGAAGAGUGACAUUGCUGAGGCGCUGCCUGCGCAACAGGCUGCUGCCACGGAGGUGCAGCUGGAGUCUGGGCUAGCCAUUGCAGCAGGUGAUAACACACCAGCAGAGGCGCCACAGGUCAGCGGAGCGCUUGCUUGCAGUGCAGCAGCACAGGACAGGCAAGAGCACUUGCCAGUGCCUGUGAGCCCUGAGCCUGCUGCUGCUGUAGCCACUGCGAAUGGAGCCAUCCCGGUCCAGCCCAGGCUAGAGGUCAGGCUAGAGGUCAUGGCUGAACAGACAUACAGUCCUCAAAUGGGAGCCAGGGAGCAGGCACACGGACAAACUUUGCUCGAGACACCAGAGCCAUCAACGGGAGGGGCGUGCCCAGCCAGGACGCCUGCCAGCAGAGGGCCCACCAUGAGCCUGGGACUGCUGUCAGAGGACUUCAUCUCAGAGUCAGAAGGCACCCAGCGCGCAGUGAUGGCAGCCAAGAUCAUUGACGAGUACAACCUCAAGUUUCAUCGUGGUGUUUCUGAUGGCGCGGUAUUCAACUUCGUUCUGACGACAGACAUGGAGACCGUUGCCGCAUGCAUAGCCACGAAGCCUGCGCUCAUACCAGCUGAGGAGUAUUCAAUGUGGGAGAGGCGGCUGGUGGAGGCAAGGAGGGAUCAGGAAAUGCUGGAUUGGGAUGUGGAGGGGACUGGAGAGCCAGGAAUUACAGAGGAGCUGGGUGGGCUCACGCAGGAGGCUGUUGCACUGCUGUGCACAGAGGAUGAGAUCGCCAGUCGCCGGGAGGAGCUGGGGGCGACAGGGAGAGUCAAGAAAAGGGAGCUGACUCGUGAGCCCGUGCAGGUCAUGAAAUCAAUUACAGCGGAGGCCUUUUGCUCAGCAUCGGAAGCUCAGCCCAGCAGUGCCGCCAACUCUGAAAGCCAAUGUCAGCUUCCACCUCCACUGCCACCUCGUCCCGAAAACAACAGCACAGGCGGACAGCUGCACACAAGCAGCUUCCUGGUGAACAGCUCUGUUGCCGCUGCUGGGAGCGUGGCGACUGGCAGUGCAGCGGAGCUUAGGAUUGAGGCUGUUGAUCUUCCACUCAGCGAGCGCGACGUGAAUGAAGCUGUCCAAGGGGUGAUGGACAGUCUCCUGGCAGCGGUGAUCCAGCCUCCAGCUGCUCUCUGCGACCAUGCUUCUGGCUAUGCAGCAGCAGCAGACGAGCCUGAUGCAGCAGCGGAGCCAGACGCCAGCUGUGCUGCCAUGGAUAUUGACACUGGGGAGGGCGGCGGCGCGCACGCAGCUGAACAGCCUAAAGAAGCAGCCCUUGAGCCUGCCCCUAAGGCACAGCAGCAGGCGGCCGCAGCAGCUGUGGCGGCAGUGCCGGCACGCGAGCAUGCGCCAGCAGGGGCCGCAGAUGAUGAGGAUGACUUUUCCUCGCUCCCGCUGAUGCUGCUUCUGGACACGCAGUACCCAGAGUCCCAGCGGCUUGCUGCAGCGGCGCAGCUAUCCGACAACGCCCUGGAUAGGACAGCAAGUGGCCAGGCGGCAGAAGCACAUGCACUUCCUGCCUCUGUGCCGGAGAGCGAUGCCGUGCAGUUCCAGCACAGAGAGCCCUCGGCUGCAGCCGGGGCACCAGAAGCAGAGGCGGCUGUGUCUGCCGGGCCAAGCCAGGCAGCAAAGGGCCCAUCCGCUCGCUCCCAGGAUGACGUCUGGGGCACAAUCUUGUCGACCAACACACAGCCCAGCGGCAGUGGGCCGCCUGCGCACAAGACUCCUGCGUGGCAGGCCAGUUCGGGCCUUGCUGUCGGCAUUGGUGGUAAGCAGCCGAAUCAGUCGCAGCCAAGCCCAGGCAGCCGCGGCUGGCAGCGAGAGGUGGGCAGCACCGGCCUGCGUCUGAGGCCGGUCUGGGGGUUGGCGCCAGCUUCCCGGGAGGCAACGCCCCUGACCGGAGACAGCCUGCUCACGCCCCCCAAGCGCGUCGUGGGGCCCCCCUCCGCCGAGGCCGCACGCACUGGCGGCCUGCCCGGCUCUCCCGAGACGCCGUCACAGAUCGCGGCCACCGCGGACGUCCUGCAGCUGUACAGCCGCCCGCAGCAGGACAUCCGCACGCCCGGGUCGGGAGACAAGCGGCAGCGGCCCUGCGCGCGCGAGAGCCCUGAGAGCUCGGGCAUCGAGCCAACACGCAAACCGGACGUGGGCGGUCACGCCGAGGCAGGCGGUGCAUCUGAGCACGUGCCGGCAGCGGCGGGGGCGUCGCCGCUGUCAUCCGAGCCACCGGGCUCCUUUGUUCCGGACACAUACCCGGGCAUCGGAGCAAACACAGGUUCCCCUGCGCACCCUGCCGACCACGGCACAGCGGAGGAGCAUGCAGUUGCGCAGGAGCACGUGGACGAGUGCCUGCAGGAUGACAGAGCGGCAGAAGUGCCGCCGCCAAAACGAAGGCGGCUGUCGCUGGAGGGCGGCAGGGGCCAGAAGGGCUCUGAUCACUUGCAGGCUCGUGCGGCACAGGCUGGCGGCAAGGACUCGCCCAGGAAGGGGCUGCACGCCAUGGGCGCUCAUCCGCGCGGCAUGCGAGCGGCAGGAGCUAUGCCUGUCACCCGAGCGCUGGCCAGCGAGAUCGGCAGAGAUGCAGCGCCAAGAAUGACCAGGCAGCAGGCGCAGGUGGCCAAGCAGCAGAGGAAGGGCGCGCUGGUGAGGGCUGGAGUUCUGCGGCGUGCAGGGCAGAUCAGACAGCCCGUUAGACCGUCUUCUGCUGGCAGGCGGUGGGCCGGCACAUUUGGGAAGCUGCCUGCACAGCCUGCGCAGCCGACCCUGAAACGCAGACGCACUGCCACCCCCGGUGGCGAGGCGAGGGUUGAUGGAAGGCAGCUGGAGGACAGGAAGGCUCAUGCAGCUGAGCAGGAUGAGGAAGUGAGUUCACCUGAGCCCGAGCUGGCAGGUCAGGAUACAGAAGCGCGCGGAAAGCAGGCAGAUGUGCGGCUUGGUGUGACAUCAGCCACUGCACUGCCGGUCGUGAGGAGAGCAGAGCAGCAGCAGCAGGGUCUGCCGGGCGGCUUGCGUUCUGGCAAACUCAGAGACCCUUACAGCUUUCCUGAGAGCCAAGAUGUCCGGCUGGAGAACCCAGCCAGGAGCAGGGCAGGCCUGGCCCCUCGAGUUCAUUUUGCUCACAUCUCACGGCGCUCACACGCUCAGGCCCAGCCGCCAGUGAAAGGACUGGCUGGCUCAACUCUGCAGCAUGGGACAAGGAGGGAUGCUGCGCAGGAUGCUGUGGACACCAGCAGAGGGGUUCGAACAAGGAGGACUGGUGUGGAGGCCAGAAACGCUGACCCAGAGCCUGCGGGCUGCCACGAGAGGCCGCAGCGCGCAAAACGCCAGCCGUUGAGGCUGGAGGACUACCAGCAGGGAACGCUGGCACAAGCCACCCAGCCUGUGCGCGUGUCCCCCCUGCGGGCCGGCCGGAAGGGGGGCGCCGGGGAGGAAGCUUCCGGGAAGGCGGCGGGCGGUCCCCGGCGCCAACUGGUGAGCUUCAGGGAGCUUGAGAGGCGGCAGCAGAUGAGAGCAGCCGUAUGCGCACCGCCAGAGGAUCAAGGGGUUGAGGAGAGUGGAGACAGUGGCGCUGUGUCUGCACGGGCAAAUGGCGAUGACGAGCCAAUCAUGCAAUUGGCAGAGGCUGCAAGCGAAGACAUGGCAGAAUCUGCGCAGCCUGCCGAGCAGGAAGCAGCUGAGUGUGCAUCAAGCGGCAGGGCUGCAGAGCAGCAGGAGCCUGUGCAUAAAGCUGUGGAGAAGCCGCCUGGUCCCCAGAAGCUGGGCUGCUCAAAGUGCAGGCACUCCAAGAACGGCUGCCGCGCAUGCCGACCUGCCGCUGCAGGGGCUGCUUCCCCAGCUGCAUCCCCCAAGAGGGUGCCGCCACAGAAGCGCAAGCGCAGAGCAUCGCUGCCAGAAGAGCCACCCAGUCUUCAGGACAACUCUGCUGGGGCGCAGCACAGAAGGCAAUCUGCAGCCAGGCGCAAAUCCGAGCCUGCCGCAGUCUUUGAUGCCAAAUCCGGCGCAUUUGGCGGGAAGGCUUUCCUGGUGACAGGCUUUAAGGAUGCCAGGGAGCGGCGCCGCAUCACCAAGCUCAUCACAGACCAUGGUGGCAGUGUCAUUGACAGCAUCCCUUUGCCCGAGGAGCAGAAGACAGUGCAUGGCGUGGUGGCUGGCAGGGCGUGCGACAGGCGAACCAAAUACCUCUUCUCCUACGUGUCUGGCGCCCCAUCCAUCAAGCCAAUUUUCUUGGAGAGGCGCGCACCGGCUGAGAUCCUGAAUUCAUUGUGUGUGAGGGCCGGCGAGUGGCUGUCGCUGCGAGCUGCGGAUGCAUGGCGGCCCGCUAAAUCCCCCUGCAAGGUGUUUCAGGGCUACCGGGUGUACCUGGACGGCACUGACACCUUCAGGCAGCAGUUCGGGGCAGUGGUUAUGGCCGAGAUGGAAACAGCGCGAAACAGCCCCGCACAGAAGCGACGGCGGCUGUCGCUCGCUGCCAGCAUCAGCCAGCCGGCCUGCGACCUCGUCAUCUCUGACAAGGCACAUCCGCUGACCUGCCACGCAGACCUGCGUGACCUCCUGCGCCAGGCGCGGCGGCUGGCAAUACCAGUGAAGCCGCUGGACUGGAUGUAUGCAGCGCUGAUGAGCGGGCGCCUGCCAGACCCCAUUCAGAUCCAGGCGCCCUCAGAGGAGCCCAGCAGCGCGCCCGGUCCCCAGGCCGCACCGGAUGCGACGCGAAACAGCAGCCCAGAUGGUGGUGCUGCGGGGGCACAGGAGGCGGCGCAGCAGGCAGAGGCCACACAUGCCGACGAGGGGGAACUGGUUGAAGACAGCGAGUCAUUUGGGGAAAUGCCUCUGGAGAUCCGCCCCUCUGCUGCCAGCGUCAGCUUUGGAGGUGCAGCUGCUGCAGGUCUAAGGAGCCCGCGAAGAGCCGCGCGAGUGCAGCCACGUCAGUGUGAUCGGCCAGUGCCCAACCCCAGAAAUCCGGCUGCUGCCGCCAGGAGACUGUCAGCUGCUGCAGCUGAGCUGGCCUGGGUAGGGGAUGCCAGCAAGGUUCCCCCAGCAGGCCUCAGCAUGCAAGCCUCCCAGCACAGGAAAUUCUAUGGCGCCAUUGCCAGGGGUUCGGAACUGAUGGCGGUGGGCGAUGACGUGGAGGUUGAGGUGCUGGGAGAGCAGCUGCCGCGGGUGGCGCGCAUCGAAGCGCUGUGGAGUGAGCGGCCGGUGGAUGGCACUGAGCGCAUGCUAGCGCGCUGCCGCUUCUACUAUCGCCCUCAGGAGACCAUGUUCAUGAGCAGCGGCAAGCCGGAUGAGCUGUUUGCAUCUGAUCAUGUGGAGCAGCGGGUGUCUGCCUCAACCCUGCUGCGGAAGUGCACGGUGGUUUCCGGCCACCCGAGCAACAGAACAGCCAUGUUGGACCGGCGCGCCAGCUUAGGACCGCAGAGCUACUUCUGCAUGUACCAUUAUGACUACCAGGGCGAGGCCCUGAAGCCUGAUGAGUGGGUGCAAGUGGAUUCCAGCAGAGAGGAAGAUGAUUUGGAAGCUGGCGCCCAAAUGCCGACUGCUGAGCUGGCCUGGGUGGGGGAGUCCAGCAAGGAACCUCCUGCAGGCAUGAGCAUGCACGCCUCCCAGCACAGGAACUUUUAUGGCGCCGGCGAAGAAGUGAUGGCUGUGGGGGACGACGUGGAGAUGGAAGUGUCGGGUGAGCAGCUGCCGAGGGUGGCGCGCACUGAGGCGCUGUGGAGUGAGCGGCCAGAGACCACCUUCUUGAGCAGCAGCAAGUCAGAGGAGCUGUUUGCCUCUGAUCAUGUGGAGCAACGGGUGGCUGCCUCAGCACUGCUGCGCAAGUGCACAGUCGUGACCGGCCACCCCGGCGAUAUGGCGGCCAUCAUGAACCGCUGUGCCAGCCUGGCUGAGCUGAGCUUGGGAUCACACAGCUACUUCUGCAUGUACACCUAUGACCACCAGGGCGAGAGCUUGCUCUAG